CUCCGUUGCGCAAACAACAAAUUCAUGUCAAACCCAUUUUUGACUAGACUUCCCCUUUAAUGUAAAUCAAAUGUCUUCUCGAAUGGUAAAUGAAGCUCUCCUCUCUGCAAAACGGGCCCCUCAAUCCUCUUUCAAGAUUAUUUCGCAUGUACGCACAACCGUGAGCUAAAGACGCACAUUUUCAUGCAGCAGGCAGACGUGGAGACCUGAAACACUAAAAUAUAUGGAGCUUGGCGAAAAGACGGCAAGAAGGGAUGGGAGACUGAGACUGCAUGCUAAAUAAACAAGAGAGGGAGGAUCGAGGAGGAGAGACGAGAGGUGGCAUGAAGCUGCUCACACAGCAGUCGGAUGCUGGCACACUCAAGAGGACGUACUAGACCGGCACAGGAUGCAUGCAACUCGUGGACCGGUCGCUGGAAGCAUCGCAGUGACCAGAGGAGCUGGAAGGAGCACGAGCAGCGACAGCAUUUGAGCCGCCGUAACGCUUCGGAUCAAGCAGAGUGUAGCUCGUGAUCAUGGAUUCGAACGAGAGCUUUACGGCCGAGCCGACGAGCCUGGCAUCAAACGCGAGUGCCGACUAUGAGGACUACUACACGGAUCCCGAUGGCAGUAAAAUCAUCAUCCCGUCCAUCUACGCUCUGGUCUGCUGCGUGGGCCUCACGGGCAACGCCAUGGUCAUUUAUGUCAUUCUCAAGUACGCCAAAAUGAAGACGGCUACGAACAUUUACAUCCUCAACUUGGCCAUCGCCGACGAGCUGUUCAUGCUGAGCGUGCCCUUUUUCGCCACGUCGGCCGCCGUGCGUCACUGGCCCUUCGGCUCGUUCAUGUGCCGGCUGGUGCUGAGCGUGGACGGCAUCAACAUGUUCACGUCCAUCUUCUGUCUUACCGUGUUGAGCGUGGACCGCUACGUGGCCGUGGUUCACCCCAUCAAGGCGGCGCGCUACCGCCGACCCACCGUGGCCAAAAUGGUCAACGUUUGCAUCUGGGGGCUGUCGUUGGUGGUCAUCCUGCCCAUCAUCAUCUUUGCGGACACCGUCCCGGCCGAGGACGGCGCCGUGGACUGUAACUUCCUGUGGCCGGAGGAAUCCUGGUCCGAAGCCUUUGUGGUCUAUACCUUUCUUUUGGGCUUCCUUCUUCCCGUGGGGGCCAUAUGUUUGUGCUAUUGCCUCAUGGUGGCCAGGAUGCGAGCGGUGGGGCUAAAAGCUGGGUGGCUUCAACGGCGGAAUUCCGAGAAGAAGAUCACCCGCAUGGUGCUGCUGGUGGUGGCCGUGUUCAUCCUCUGCUGGAUGCCCUUUUACGUCGUCCAGCUGGUCAGUGUCUUCCACCGGCCGCCGCACCCCAUGGUCACCCAGCUUUUUGUCAUCCUCAGCUACGCGAACAGCAGCGCCAAUCCCAUCCUCUACGGCUUCGUGUCGGAUCACUUCCGCCGCUCCUUCCAGCGCAUCGUGUGUUUUCGCUGGCUGGAGUCCGGCGUGGAUGCUGAGCAGGUGGACUACUGUGCUGUGGCGGCCAGGGGACAAGGCACGUGCGCCCAGCUGGAUUUCCACAAAAAUUUCACUGCCUCUGAUGCGGUGUUUCACAACGGAACAUAUACCUCACGCACCACCGCCGUCUGAAGACAUUUCCCAAAAGAAAGUUCGCAGUGUUCGGGCCCAAAAUAAACGAACCAAACUCUGUGGGUUAGAUGAGCGGGGAGAGCAUCCAAGAAUUGUUCAUCCAAGAGCUUGAUAUUUCAGUGAAUGUCGAGAUCAAAAACUGUCUGUGUGUUUUCACUGUACUGGAAAGACAGUAGCACCAAGACUUAGCAGUUCUCCAAGUUACGGCUUUUUUGAUUGAGGCGCCAUCUCUCCACUGAUUUAUUUAUUUUGCUUUAUGUUGCAAGUACCAGCUGGCCUCAGAUAUGUGGCCAAUUGAGUGAAACGGGGGGGUGGGGGGGGGGGGAUGGAGCAAUUAAGGUACUGUACUGUGAUGUGGACAAGCUGUAGUCACCAACGCACUUUCAGACGUUCACUGAACGAGAUGGUCAAAACACCGAUAUGAAACGAGAGCACCAGCAAGGAGCUGUUGGAAGGCCAACAACUCACUCCCAGAUGCUUCUUCCAGACUAACCCUGACUCCAGGUCCUGACCUCACACACGAGGCCAUAGCCCUCAAAGGCACACAUCUAACACAAGUCCUACCGAAUGUGAAGUAAUUAGCCUUUAGAAGAGCAGGUUCUUUCUUAAAAUUCUCUUUUAUUCUGUUUUCAUGUAUUUUCUUCGUUAUAAACCAACGAAAAAAAUGUAU